UGUUCGGUAUCCUUUUUUUUUAGUUGCGAUGAUUGUUUAGCUGAGUUUCUUAUUGCUUAUCUAUAUAUUAUGUAUCAAAUCUCCUUGUUUGAUCUAUGAUCAUCUUUCUAGGGUUUUGCUCGAUUUCCCGGAUUCGGGUGGGAAAUCAUCAUCUGAUCGAUUAUCGCGGCUGGACAUGGAGGGAUUUAUACGGACAAAACAACAUCUCGUUGAUCUUAACUAAUCAACAUCUCGUUGAUCUCUAUCUUAUCAACUCCUCGUUGAUCUCUAUCUUAUCAACUCCUCGUUGAUCUAACUGAUCAAUUCUCGUUGAUCUCUCGAAUCAACAUCUCGUUGAUCUAACUGAUCAAUUCUCGUUGAUCUCUCGAAUCAAUCCCUCGUUGAUCUUGUUAAAUCAAUUCGUUGCUCAGUA